UCCUGGUGUCUGUGGCCAGCAGCCCCCACCCUAGAGCCCCUCCCAGUCUGCCAGGGGCCACACCAAGCAGGGCUGAGAGCCUGUUGCACCAGGAGUGAGUGUGAGCAUCUGUCAGCAGAGACACGGACCCUUCACCACCCACCAUGGAGCCCCAGGUGCCGGGACGGAUGCCCAGGGCUGGACUCCUGCUGCUGCCCCUUCUCCUCUGCUUCGGGCCAGAGACCGCCGGGAGCAUUGACCCGGCCGCGCUCAAAAAAAUCGUGGAUCAUGUUCAUAAUAACGGCGGAGUUAACAAGCAAUAUGCUUUCGCUGUCUCGCUGCCCCAUGACACCUGCCGCAACCCCCAGGAUGUGGCCACCUAUCUGCCCAUGGCCCAGCUAACAGACAUGAGAAAGAAGAUUGACUCGUUCGGUGCCCUGUACAACCAGCCCAACGGGAACAUUGUGGCCGCCCGGCCAAAGGAAGUGAAUAAACCGAAAGGGAAAUACACGGAGCACAGCGAGUGGCGUCUGCUCUCCGGCCCAAACAGCCUUGUGGCCCAGCUCACGGCCAGGACCUAUGGCCAGAACAGCUGCCUGAUCUUAUUCACCUUCAAUUCGCCCUGCUCCACCAAGUGUCUGCGCGAGGCCGGGCGCUCCAACAUCGUGCAGAUGACCAGCGACGCCUUCUCGGCCAUCAACAACAACUACAAGGCCUUCGUGUUCCAGAAGAUCUUCCACUAUGACAUGAAGCCUGAAGUGACCCGGAAGGACCUGCUGGAUGCCUGGCACCGGCUGCGCGAUGUGCCCCUGCUGCGCUGCGACAACAACGGCUGCCAGGACUGCGCUUCGGUGGCCCCCGAACACAACCCCUGCCUGGCUGGGAAGAAGUAGAUGAUGGAGUAGAGCCAGGAACCACGUGCGACUCUUUCUGCCACUGGCCUCUCUCGCUGCCCAUGUGCUUC